AUGGGUUUCUGCAGCAGGCAGAUAGCGCUUGAAAAGAGCUUUCCAUUCACCCUUCAAGAAACGUCGGCACUGGCGCUUGAUAAGCGCGUCCUUGGUAGGACCAUUGGCAGAGUUGGGUACGGGAAGCAAAAAGGCGGGAAGGUGCUCAAAGAGCAGAACAAGUGGUAUAGGAUUUACUGGCAGAAGGUAAAAAGUGCCUCAAGCAAAACAAAGCAGGAACAAGCUAAACCUGCAUGCACGAGGCAAAGACACAAGACAAGUCAGCCAAAGCUCUGCAGUCUCACCAAAGAGAGGAAAACUCGGAGGUUGGACAUCAACCACUGCAAGCCCUUCGGCCAAUCUGAGGUGGCCAUAGGGCCCCCGGAGAGGGGCGGCGGAGAGUCAGCGCCUGCAGCUGGAGACUGA